CUUAAAUAAUGUUGUUUUCAGUUUACAGUGUUGGACAAAGUGUGUGUGCGCGCGUGUGAAUUCAUGAACUGCUAAGUCUGGAAGCUGAAGCAAUCAAAGUGACCAUUUUUUCCUCCUAUCUAUGGCCUCAUUUGUCACAAAAGUCACAUUUCAUAUCUUCAAGGAAGAAGCACCAUUUAUUGGUAAAGCAAUGGCGGCUGGAGACUCGGCCUCCAUCACUCUAGAGCAAACUCCUACAUGGGCCAUCGCCACUUUGUGCUUCAUCAUCAUCUCCAUUUCCAUUAUACUCGAGCAUAUCUUCCAACUUCUUACAAAUUGGCUCAAGGGACGUCGGAAAACUGCGUUAUAUGAUGCCAUGGGACGGCUUAAAUCAGAGCUUAUGCUUCUAGGAUUCAUGUCACUCUUGCUAGCAGCAACUCAACAGUACAUCUCCAAAAUUUGUGUGUCCUCUGAGGUGGCAGAUACUAUGCUCCCAUGUCGAAAACAAGUUGUCAUAGCGGAGACUCAAUCUUUAUCAGCCUACAGACACUUUGUUGAUGGACCGAGUGCUUAUGGUUUGAUAUGGGAUGAUGUGAAGAAAUUCGACAAUAAUCCAAACUUGCACAAAUCAUUUACUAGGAGAUCAUUGGCUGAUGAUGAUGAUGGUGGUGGUGAUGGAGGUCAAGUUAACGAGACAGACAAGAAUAUUGCUAAUGCUACCUACUCUUGCAGCUCCAAAGGGAAGGUUCCAUUGGUGACAGAGGAAGGGAUUCAACAGCUGCAACACUUCAUCUUUGUGCUAGCAGUUAUGCAGAUUGUGUACAGUGUCCUCACCCUCGCAUUAGGAAGGGCUAAGAUGAGGCGUUGGAAGGCUUGGGAAAAAGAAACUCAAACAACUGAUUACCAGGUUGCUAAUGAUCCAAAUAGAUUUAGAUUCACAAGACAGACUACAUUUGGCAGACGCCAUUCGACUUGUACAGACACGGCGAUUCAGCUGUGGAUAAGAUGUUUUUUCAGGCAGUUCUUCCAUUCAGUGGCAAAAGUUGAUUACUUCACCUUAAGACAUGGCUUUAUCAUGGCUCACAUGUCUAGCCAAAGUAACUUCAACUUUCAGAAGUAUAUAGAGCGUUCUCUCGAUGAAGAUUUUACAGUUAUGGUCAGCAUCAGCCCUACGAUGUGGUUUCUAGUUGUCAUCUUCAUGCUUGUUGAUGUUCAUGGUUGGCAUUCAUAUCUUUGGAUAUCAUAUGUUCCACUAUUGAUAGUCCUAACACUGGGCGCUAAACUGGAGGUUAUCGUUACCAAAAUGGCACUCCAACUCAAAGACAAGAACAACGUGAUCAUAGGCGUGCCACUGGUGAAACCCAACGAUGACCUCUUCUGGUUUGGGAGGCCGGGCUUCGUGUUGAGCCUCUUGCAUCUCACACUUUUUGUGAAUGCGUUUGAGCUGGCCUUCUUCGUUUGGGUCACUAUAGAAUUUGGGUUUUGGUCUUGUUACCACGAGCACACCGUGAUUAUAGCAACUAGAAUAGUGUUGGCAGUUGCUGUCCAAGUUAUUUGCAGCUACAUAACUCUGCCCCUUUACGCACUGGUCACACAGAUGAGGUCAGAAUUCAGAGGAGAAAUGCUCCGAGAAAGAACUGUGCAAAUUCUAAAGCAAUGGCAUGCUCAAGUAAGGGGUAAAAGGAAACACCAAUCUUCGCCCCCUGUUAGUCAUGACACCAUUGUGGAGCAUACACCAAAUUCACAGCUUAAUUAUGUGUCAACAAUCAUUGAGAUCACAGAGGAAGCAGAUGAUCAGGAGACCUCAUCAUCCUAAGACAAAAUAUGUGAUUUGAUUCUAUGUUCUAUUUCACCUAUGUGAGUAGUAUGUUGUCAAGAACUAGAAAUGUUGCAAGUUGGACAUAUACAUUAUAUUUGUACAAAGACCUCCUCUUAUAUUAAUAUCCCACCAUCCAUUCUUCAA